AAAGCGGAACCAAACAGCGGAACCCGGACGCUUUACAUGUCAACACCUACUGUUGUGUUUUCCUGCUUUUCAAACCAGGAAGAUGGAUCUGCUGUCGAACAAAUGGAUGAUUAAUUUGAUAGUUUGUUGGUUUUUCAUUGGUGUCGGCUGCAAUUCAGUGGAAAAGAAGAUUUAUGUGCAUCUCAAUUACACUGUCCCAUGUGUGCGACUGCUCAAUGCAACACAUCAGAUAGGAUGCCAGUCUUCUUUGUCAGGUAACGUGGGUGUACUCCAUGUGCUCGAGUCCGAGGAAAACGUGGAGUGGGUCCUGAGCACUGGUCGCAACCCUCCUUAUCUGGUUAUCUUGGAGUAUCCGCUCUUCACCAGGUCUGUCAUGAUGAAGCUGAAAAGCGGCUCCAGCAGGGUGGCCGGUGUUGCUGUGAUUGCACCAAACACAAACCCGGCACAGGGCUUCUCCCCACACACGAGCUGCCCAAACGAGAACUCAGGUGUGUAUUCAGAGAGCUAUGACCCAGCCCUGGCUCACUGUAACAUGACAGUGUGGAACCCCCUGGGGAACGGACUAGCCUACGAGGAGUUUGACUUCCCCAUGUUUUCCAUGAAAGACGACAAUGACACUCAGGUCAUCCGGCAGUGUUACAUGGAUCACAACCGAGCAGUGAACGGCAGCGUCCCGCAGUACCCGCUGUGCGCUAUGCAGCUCUACUCCCACAUGUCCGCUGUCACCGACACGGCCACCUGCAUGAGGAGGAAUGACAUCAACUUCAGCAUCAGCCCAGAGAUGGUUUGUGACCCGUUGGGCGACUAUAAUGUUUGGGCCUCCACCCGGCCUCUCAACAACACAGUCAAGGGACACAAGACGGGGGAGAGUGUGGUCAUAGCAGCAGCCAGGUUGGACAGCAGGUCCUUUUUCUUCGACAUUGCUCCGGGAGCAGAGAGUGGCGUCUCUGGGUUUGUCACUCUGCUCGCAGCCGCUCAUGCUCUGAGGAAUGCCACGCAGGAGGCCCCGCCUAACCGCAACAUCCUCUACGCCUUCUUCCAGGGGGAAACCUUUGAUUACAUCGGCAGUUCCAGGAUGGUGUACGAUAUGCAGAACAAUCAGUUCACGGUGGACCUGGAUAACGUUCACUCAGUGCUGGAGAUUGGACAGGUUGGUCUACGCGCUGACCAAAAGCUGUGGCUUCACUCUGAUCCUGUGUCCAGGAAGAACAGCAGCGUCAACGAAGAGGUGCGUAAGCUCAUCGGUAACCUGCAGUCGGCCUCUGCAGGCUCAGGCGUCUCAGUUGAACAGCCGAGUGUCUCGCAGCCGCUCCCGCCCUCAUCCUUCCAGCGUUUCCUGCGAGCUCGGCAGAUCCCUGGGGUUGUUCUGGAGGAUCACCAGACUGCUUUCACCAGCAGGUUCUAUGAGAGCAUGUAUGACAACGCAGAAUACCUGAACAUCUCGUACCCACCAAACAUGACGCCGGAGGAGCAGCUGGAGUUUGUCACCGACACGGCAAAUGCUCUGACUAAGGUGGCCACCACGGUCGCUCGAGCUCUCUACAUGCAGGCCGGAGGAGCAGAGCCCCAGCUGAGCAGCAUAAAGGCCGACCCUCAGAUUGUGACUGGACUGCUUUAUGGUUUUCUUGUUCGGUCAAACAACUCCUGGUUCCAACAGCUUCUGCCCUCGGAUCUUAUCAGCCACCUGGCUGACCGGCCCACAAACUUCUAUGUGGGCGUGGCCCAGCAGUCCAGUGAACCGACCCUCCUGGUCCAGUACCUGCUGGCUAACCUGACAGGAAGCACUCCCAACAUCACGCAGGACGACUGCCAGAACCAGAGAGAAGACGAGAAGGACACGGAGAGCAAACAUAUGUACACCUACAUGUGGGUUCAGGGCGCCGCGCCGCCCAACAGCACAAAGAGGGAAGGUUUCUGCAUCCGCUCCACGGUCCGCCUCUCCAAAGCUCUGUCUCCGGCCUUCGACCUGAAGGAGUACACCUCCAAAGAUUACUCCACGUGGACAGAGUCCAGGUGGAAGACCAUCAAAGGGCGCAUAUUCCUGGUGGCUAGUCAUGAGCUGGAGAUGGUGACGCUGGGCGUGGGUUUCGGCGUGUUGAUAUCGUCCCUGCUCCUCACGUACAUCAUCAGCUCAAAGGCCGACAUGCUCUUCAGCUCGGGGAGGGAACCAGCAAACGCCACCUACUGAUCCACACGGAGGAAACGCAGUCCCACGACCACUAAUACUACUACAACGACCACAACUACUACUUCUAUCCCAGACAGACACGGACCGCCCCCCUUUUCUUUAACACACAACACACGUAGGUACACACAUAGGUGACACACAGCAGCAGCUCAGAGGGGCUUAUAUUUUAAAGACGACGACCAUGACGACUUCAUGUUUGUGGACUCACUCAGGUGAGACGUGGCAUGAGGACUGGACCGGACUGGAUUGGCCUGGAUGGAUCUGGACUCAUCAAGGGUCGUAAACACACUGGUCAGGCACCAGCAGGCCCUGCCAGUGGGAAAAAAAGAUGUUAAUAAUUCUUUUAAGUUCUUUUUUUUUCCCUUUUUAUUGUCAAAGAAUGUUUUGUUUACUGUGUCAUGGGAUAGGCACCAAACACGGAGCAUUAUUUGAGCGUGUGAUUGUGAAUAUGUAAAUUUGAACGAGUGUUUGAGCGUGUGAUUCUGUGUGCACGAUGGAUACGAGCGCGUGUGUGUGUGUAUGUGUGUGUGAGGAUUGCAAUGGUAUGUGCAAUACUGUCUUCUCUGUCAGUGUAGUUAACUUAUCAAUCAGUUCUAAUGAUAAGAACCACUUUUUUGAGUCAGUGAACAAGUAGUAACAUUUAAAUUUUAAGGUUUUGCAAAAUCCAUAAAUGUGCGGUGAAGUAUUUUGAGAAGUCGUAGGUCCCGAGAAGAUGACAACAACCGAAAUAUUUAUAUUGUUCAGUCCCAGCACACAUAAUACAGAACAACUGCAGCUGUGUGUAGUUGUGAUUUCACAUAUUGUGAUGUUGAAGUGGUGAAGGAGUCCUCAAAGAGUCUGAUGCAGCUGACUAACACUUCAUAUCGAUCAGCUGCCAAAAGAACCAGUCAGACGAUCUGGUGCGCUGGUACUCAGGCUGUGCACUCUCUUUGGUUCGUACCUUUCUGACAAGGUUUCUUUUAACAAUAACUUCUGAAAGUUGUGACAACGCAUUAAGAUGAUUUUCAUGUUUUUUGUUGACGAGUGUUCAUUUAACGGCUGGAAUCAAUGACCAAUUGUGAUGCCUUGAUGAGGAAAUAAACAUGGCUUCUUUUCCAG